AUGUCCCGAUAUGAAUCCUCAAAGAAAAGACAAAAAAUGGACGACUCUUCGAAGUUUGAAAUAUCAUCAAUUGAGCAAAUGAGUCAAAGUUUACCCCAAAAGCUAAGGGUCCCAGAUACUAAUUGUUUGAUAAUCAAAAAAAAUGCUAACGUCAAGAAAACCUUAGACAGGCUACUACAGAUACUAAUAGGAGGUGACGACUCCAUUGUUCUCACAGCCCAGAAUGAAAAUAUCCAAAAAAUGUUCACCAUCCUAGAAAUAAUCAAACAAAAAGCAUUGCAAAAUGAAAACAAUUCAGAUACCAUUAUUGGAGACAGCAAUGUUACGCUAGAAUUCGUUGAAUAUCACCAAUACAACAAACUAGAUUAUCUCAGGGUUCUCAAACCCAGCCGAGCUCCCUCCACAGAGUACAAAUCGGUUGACGAUGAUGCAUCAAGAAGAUCAGAAAUAAUGAACAAUCCCCUAACGAAACAAGACAAAGAACUUCUAGAAGUUGAGAAACCGAUCAGUGUUCCAAUUUUAACGGUAUAUCUAAGGUUUGCCCGCUCAGGAGCCUCCAUAUCACAAGACCAGGGCCUAAUAAUGAACGGGUGGAGCUUCCAAAAGAGCAAAUAA